UACUGCACUGCACUCAGCACAAAGCGUGGAUAAGAUCCGGAUUUCCAACACCAAUGUCAAGUCAGUGCUUCUAUCUGGUAGUUCAGAAACUUGGCGUGUCACGAAACGCACUUCCAACAAACUACAGACAUUCAUCACAUCAACAGCUGCAGCCUACGCCCGCUCGCUCGCUCACUCACUCACUCACUCACUCACUCGAUAGUGAAGAUCAGAUGGAUGGCGAGAAUAAUAAGAAUAAGCAACAAGGAACUCACUCUGACUGGCUGUCAACGAACCAACUAAGCAAGAACCCACCGCCCAACAAAUAUGCAGAGACAAGUGGAGAUGGAUGGGAUUGGGCAUAGACUGAGAAGGCCGAUGGGGGACAUCACACACCAGGUCAGGCCGUCGAGUGGGAUCCAAAGGUGAAACGAUGAGUUGAGUGUUCGAGGUGAGGGUGAUAUGGAGGAGAUGAUGUGAGGAAUGAAUGAAA